AUGGGGAAGCAUGUCACACACACAAAAGUGUAUCUGUUGGUUGUGUGUUGUUUGGCAGCAUGUGAACAUGGUGUUCUUCCUCAGAUCCUGCAGGCGCUGGGAAAGUCUUACCACCCAGGCUGCUUCCGCUGCGCCAUCUGUAAUGAGAGUCUGGAUGGAGUGCCUUUCACUGUGGACACAGAGAACAAGAUCUACUGCGUGAAGGACUAUCACAGAGUUCUUGCACCUAAAUGUGCAGCAUGUAAUCAGCCGAUCCUGCCCUCUGAGGGAUCAGAUGAAACCAUUCGAGUGGUUUCCAUGGACAAGGACUACCACGUGAAGUGUUAUCACUGUGAGGACUGUCAUAUAGAGCUGAAUGAUGAGGAGGGUCACCGCUGCUAUCCUCUGGACGGACACCUGCUGUGUCACGCAUGUCACCUCAAACACAUCGACCCUGCCGCAUCACCGGCUACUGCAAACAACUACCACAGCCAGUUUUAAACAUCUGCCACCCCCUAGUGAGUGUUCGGAGACAUCACCGUUUGCCAAAGACGCUCAACUAUUGCAUUGCCAAAACUCACAACUGAGAUUGAGAUUACAAACUGUGUGACACAUUAAUGUUAUUAUUAUUAUAUUGUGUCUGAAUUAUUUACUUUACCAUUUUUUUUUAUAUAUAUUUGCAUUUAUUAAUAUUUUAUUAGUUUGGAUACAAAAAAGAAAAUAGUGUAGCUUUGUUUGUAUAAUACAAAUGCUGUAAACAAUGAGCCACUGGCUUAUGCAAAAAUACCGCUACAGAUUUUUGUAAGUAGCGCAAUCAUUACAUAUAUUGUUACGAAACUUCAUCUGAAUUCCUCAAAUGGCACCUAAUAGUUAUUUAAUUAAAGCUGUGCUCAGUAAUUGUUUUGAUGGUCCUGUGCUGGUCAGUAUGGCCCAUUGUUUUGACUUACACUGACACCAAGCAGAGUAGAUGCUACAUCAUACAAAAGCUUCUUCUUUUUUUGUUAUUGAUGCCAUUGCAGACAUGCCUAAUACACAGUCAGACAUGAUUUAUUACACCACUGAAAUGAACCAAUAACAAGAAUCUUUUAUUUAAUGAGGAAAAAAUGACAGUGUACAGUGCAACAGACCAAAUAAACAGACAUGCCCAUUUAUGAAUGUAUAUUUAUUAUAAUCACAGUUUUUUAUUUAUUACAACCCCCAGUUGCAUGAACAUUAGGAAGUUAGCUUUUAAUUGUCUAAUGCGAUUUCAUUUUAACUGACAAACAUGAACAGUAAUUGUUUAUUUCCGAAAGCUAAUGCAGAUAUUUGUGCAUGUGUACUAACUUGAUGAUCUGUCAUUUGAAAUCAAACUGACCUUAUUUACGUUAUAAAAGUGUGAGUUUUGUUAUUCAGUCAUGCAAUCACGUGCAUUCUCACAACUCACAAGGCUGUUAUUUCAGACCUAGACCUUCAUUGUUUGUACAUUUUGUUGUUCUGUUACAGUAAGUUGGGUUGUUUGCCAAGUUUGGUGAAUGGGAUCAAAAGCUAUUCUUGAGAAAUUCACAAAUGUAACUCCAGCUUAGCUCAACUAUAUAUUGUUUAAAAGUUAUUAUUGGAACUACUUAGUAAAUUAUUUAUAUGUCUGUUGCUUUGAUUGUUUUCACAGGUUAAGUGGUUGAUUGUGUACACUGCCUUGUGCUCUCAGAUCUCCCUCAGUAUUACUUAUCCAUCUGCUCCUAUUAAAAAUUAGGAUGUGAUGCAUUUAAUGAUUUAAGUUAUUUGUUUUCUCAGAAGGAUACACAUGUAUUUCUUGUAUUAUCACCCUCUUGCCACAUAAAAUAUUGCAAAUAUAUUUUUUUUAAUUUUUCUUUUUUUUUUUUA